CACUACAACAGUGAACAGGACGGUAAGAACACGGCUCAAUUUAGAGACGAAGGAAGAUCUUUAACACCGCAGGAGCGCCAGUGUUUAUAACAUCAUGUGCUACCUACAACCGAAAACAUGGAUGUUUACGAUUUUGACCAUGGUUAUUCUCACCUACUUUGGACUCGGCCAUAUUUCUACAAGGGUGCUAAAAGAUAUUCUACAACCACCACAACCUGCCAAGAUGCAAAAGAGUAUUUCAGCAGGAGCCCAACAAGAAAACAUAGACGAAACCGAAAAGGCAACAGAUACGUGCAGUCCUAAGAGGAAGUACGUCUUUGUUGCACUUCACAAAGUUGGAAGCACCACUACUAUCAACAUUUUCAAUAGAUACGCUUUAACUCACGAGCUAAGUAUGCUCUUACCAGCAUCUGGUAAUCUCAUCUCUUGGGGCGCCUCCCCUACCGAAGAGGAUUACAUCCACACUCCAGACGAACAAUAUGACGUCCUGACGAACCACUACCACUACAACAAAACAUGGAUACGGUCAAAGUUUCCAGCCAACACAGCAUACAUAUCUAUCAUACGAGAGCCAAGCAAACAAUUAAGGUCGGCCAUGAACUAUUACAACAUUGAAACACUCCUUAAAAUGCGGUCUACCAACCCGAUGAAGACGUUUUUGGAGGAUCCGUGGAAAUUCAAGAACCUGUCUGAGGCCUACUUUCCGCACCGCAAUCUUAUCUUCGACCCAACAAGAAACUUCAUGUCCUUUGACUUGGGAUACCCUGCUGAAGCAGCGGAGGACAUGGAGAGAGCUCGUCUCUACAUCAAAGAACUAGAAGCUGACUUCACUCUCAUAAUGCUGCUUGACUACCUGGACGAGUCCCUCGUUCUUCUCAAACGUGUGAUGUGCUGGGACCUCCAAGACGUUCUUGUUCUGACUAAGAAUAACAGAACGUAUCCAUUCAAAAUAUAUGACCCGACUGAAGAAGAGCUUGCUAAUCUCCGACGUUGGAAAGCCGUGGAUUAUCUACUGUAUGACACCUUUAACAGAUCGUUGUGGCGACAAAUUGCGGAACAAGGUCCCGACUUCUUUGAGGAACUCAGCAUUUUUAAGGACAUGAGCAAACACGUUCAUGCGUACUGUAGUACUGGACACAAACCUGCUAUCAUACGAGAGCCAAGCAAACAAUUAAGGUCGGCCAUGAACUAUUACAACAUUGAAACACUCCUUAAAAUGCGGUCUACCAACCCGAUGAAGACGUUUUUGGAGGAUCCGUGGAAAUUCAAGAACCUGUCUGAGGCCUACUUUCCGCACCGCAAUCUUAUCUUCGACCCAACAAGAAACUUCAUGUCCUUUGACUUGGGGUACCCUGCUGAAGCAGCGGAGGACAUGGAGAGAGCUCGUCGCUACAUCAAGGAACUAGAAGCUGACUUCACUCUCAUCAUGCUGCUUGACUACCUGGACGAGUCGCUCGUUCUUCUCAAACGUUUAAUGUGCUGGGACCUCCAAGACAUUCUUGUUCUGACUAAGAAUAACAGAACGUAUCCAUUCAAAAUAUACGACCCAACUGAAGAAGAGCUUGCUAAUCUCCGACGUUGGAAAGCCGUGGAUUAUCUACUGUAUGACACCUUUAACAGAUCGUUGUGGCGACAAAUUGCGGAACAAGGUCCCGACUUCUUUGAGGAACUCAGCAUUUUUAAGGACAUGAGCAAACACGUUCAUGCGUACUGUAGUACUGGACACCAACCUGAGACCUACCUCACCGUCGAAGCGUCAAAGUGGAAUCCACAGUUUCAAGUCGACGACAAAUUUUGCGGUCUUUUAAGAUUAACGGUCAUGGCUUUUCUGCAGAGACAACGACCUAAUGCAAUUGGACGGGCACUUAUGAGUACAAAAAUGAACUUAAUGGCAAUCGCAAAAGGACAUCGAACUGUCAAGUAUCUACCUGACCGAAAAUAUCAUAAUAUUACUAAAGCUUAGAAAAGCUGAAUGCAGAGUCAUUAAGAACCACUUGGUUCCUAGCCGAAAACUGCAGUCACGCGAAACUACUUCACUAAUAAAA